UACAUUCCAGCUAAAACCAAACCAACAUUUUUACAACUGAACACUUUCUUUCUCUCUUCCUUCCUUCUUCACAAACUCUCUCUCUCUCUCUCUCUCUCUCUCUCUCUCUCUCUCUCUCUCUCAAAAAACCUCAAUUACAAUGAAUUGGAUCAGAGGCAAAACAAUUGGUCGUGGAUCAUCAGCUGUAGUUUCCGUCGCAACCUCACAGAAAAAUGGUGAUCUUUUCGCUGUGAAAUCCGCAGAGCUAUAUCGAGCAGAAUUCUUGAAAAGAGAGGAAAGAAUUCUUUCUUCGCUUGAUUGUCCACAAAUUAUUAAGUACAUUGGUUCUGAUACUACAAAUGAAAAUGGUGAGUUAAUGUAUAAUCUUUUUAUGGAAUAUGUUUCCGGCGGAACGCUUACUGAAGCAAUUCAAGAACAAAAGGGAAAGCUCGAUGAAUUUUCGAUUAAAUCUUAUACUGCUGAAAUUCUCCGUGGGUUGAAUUAUCUUCAUUCAAAUGGAUUGGUUCACUGUGAUAUUAAAGGCAGAAAUAUAUUGAUUGGGGAAAAUGGUGCCAAAAUUGCAGACUUGGGUUGUGCUAAAUGGAUGGACGAAGUUUCGAAUAUCAAAGACUCAUCAAGAAUUUCAGGUACACCGGUAUUCAUGGCACCAGAGGUUGCACGUGGUGAAGAACAAGGGUGUCCUGCUGAUAUUUGGGCACUUGGUUGCACAAUUAUUGAAAUGGCUACUGGACGUGCCCCAUGGGCAUCAGAUGGUGACGAUGCAGUUUCUGUCCUCUAUAGAAUUGCAUUUUCAGGGGAAGUUCCUGAAUUUCCAAGUUUUUUGUCAGAAAAUGCCAAGGAUUUCUUAAGUAAAUGUUUGGAAAGGGAUCCAAAAAAGAGAUGGAAUACCAAUCAGCUUCUUAAACAUCCAUUCGUUGAUGAAUUCAAUUCAAAGAAAUUCAAAGAAUCUAAAAUGAAAUCUCCAACAAGUAUACUUGAUCAAGAUUUUUGGGAUUCAAUGGAAGAAGUUAACGAAACACCGCGAAAUGUUUCAACCGUUUGUUCUUCAAUUUCUGUUAUUGACAGAGUAAGAAAAAUUUCAUCACCAAUUGAACCCAAUUGGGAGUGCGAAGAUGAUUGGAUCACCAUUAGAAAUGAGAAUUGUCAAGAAAGUGUGGAUUUUUCCGGAGAGGAAUUCGAAUUUUCGACAAUAUCAGUCGAUGAACCCACAACAGCACCAACUAGUAGGUCAGACUCAGUUUACAAUGAUGAUGAUGAAGAUAAAGUUGAGUUUUCAGGAAGAUUUGAUUUUGAAAAUGAUGAAGUCCCGUUUAAUUUCUUUGAUUAUAAUUUUAGUUUUAGCAGUAACAGUAGUAUUAGGUUCAAAGGAAAUUCGACUAGUAAAAUUUCUUACGUCAAUGUAAAAUUUAUUAUUACAAAAUGUAAAUCUAGAAUUAAUCUCAAUUUCGAGAUAAAAAAUGAAAUUAUUAUGUUUUCCACGAAAUUCAAUUCUCUUAAGGCGAUGAUGUUUUUGAAUGACAUCGGAAAAAAGACCCAACAAUGGGAGAAUAGUAGGAAACCCCAGAAAGCAAUUCUUCUAGGUAGAGGAAAUGUCAAUAAGGUAGAAGGAUCUUUUGAAUCAUAUGUCAAAAUUGCUGCUAUAGCAAAAAGGUUAGAAGCUCUAGAAUUGAGUCAAGCUAGUGGUAGAAGAUAA